AUGGGCAUCGCUGGUUAUCUUGCACUGCCUUGGAAAUGCCUGGUUGUGGUUGCACUAAGACUUCUACUUCUUGUACCUGCAGGAGUGCCAGCUCGAAGUGGGGAAUCUUAUUUGAAGGACAACAUCACCGUCAGACAAGGCGACAGUGCCGUCUUAAAAUGCAAUGUGGACAGCAAGGUAUCAAGGGUAGCAUGGCUGAAUCGAACGACCAUUCUUUUCACAGGAAGUGAAAAAUGGUCCUUGGAUCCCCGCGUGAUUCUUCUGAACAACACAGCCGUCACUGAAUACAGCAUAAAGAUCCAGAACGUGAACUUACAUGAUGAGGGACCGUAUGUUUGCUCCAUCCUGACCAACAAAAAACCUGAAUCCACCAAAGUUCAUCUCAUUGUACAAGUCCCUGCAAGAAUUGUGAACAUAUCCACUGAUGUGACAGUCAAUGAGGGCAGCAAUGUUAGUCUAAUGUGUUUGGCCAUUGGACGACCGGAACCGAAUGUCGUAUGGAAACAUCGUUCUGCAAGUGGGCAUAAAUUCAUUACCGAGGGAGAAUUUGUUGAGAUGACAGCGAUUACCAAAGAGCAGUCAGGAGUGUACGAGUGCAUCUCCUCAAAUGAUAUUUCAGCCCCUGAUGUGAGGACGUUGCAAGUUACAGUCAAUUAUCCUCCAAUCAUCUCCAAAGCCAGGAGCACAGGCACUCCGGUGGGUCAGAGAGGUGUCCUGCAGUGUGAAGCUUCAGCGGUUCCCCUGGCAGAUUUUGAAUGGUACAAAGAAGACCGCAGACUCUUCAAUGGACUUAAUGGUGUUAAAAUUGAAAACAGAGGUAAACAAUCCAGGCUUAUCUUUUUCAACGUCUCUGAGGAGGACUACGGAAACUACACCUGUGUAGCCACGAACAUAUUGGGAAUUACGAAUGCAAGCAUCAUUUUGUACGGCCCAGGAGCGAUACAUGAUGUGAGCCGUGCAGCCCUGUCCAUACCUACUUCACUCUCUUUCCUUGUGACAUUAAUUGCGUUGUCCCUGCACAAGUUUUGA